AUUCUGGGAUACUCUCUGGCAAUUUUCCGGAAAAAAGUUAACUUCGAAACUACCUGACUUAUAUAUUCUUAAGUUUGCCUGUACAAGGAUGCUUUAUUCAAAGGACGAGAUAACGUGAAAGCUCUAACGUGGUUUAGAGCUCCGACAUGCAUAAUACACGUUCAAGAUGAUUAACAAGAUUGCGGUUUUGGCGCUUGGUUUGGGUUUCAUGUUUUAUCGUCUCCAUAUUUACUGCAUUGUUCGUGAAGAGAAAGAGGAAUUACAUUCUUGGUUGAAGGAAUACAGUCUUCUGGAUUAUGAGGCUAAACUGCACAAAUUCGGUGUUCUCUCCAAAACCAAGUUCGCGACUCUUGAUGCUCAAAAGUUCCUAACCCGACAUGGUUCCUUCUGGGGAUUUUUCACGUUCAGUACAGAGAAGGAAAGGCUAGAAUUGGCUGCACAGAGGGCCAAACAUGAGCUUCAACUUCAUUUCUUGCUUCAGGAACUUUCUUUGCAUAGUUAUUACACAAAACUGCUAUCACAAGGAAUAUUCAGUGUGGAAAGUUUACAUGAAAAUCUGUACUCUGUUACGUUAAAGGAGAUCUUUGAAGAUGAUGAUUUGACAAAGCUUAGAGAAGCUGUUCAAAAGCGAGAGGAUUAUUUGUUCGAGGAUUCUCUGGCUGUUAAAAGUGCAACAGCAAUAUUUUCCUUUUCGUGGUGGAGUAUUCAGUUUAUUGGCAAGAUGUUUGUUCUCGUUAUUGGCUCUAUAGUAAGUGUCAUAGUCAUCUGUGCUGGAGUCUUCAGAAUAAAAACCAAAAGCCGACAGCACCAGUCUUCAUUCUUUCGAUACGUGCUUGGUUUACCUUUGGAACCAAAGUUCACCAAAGUCACAUGGGAAUGGAAGGACCCUCAUGUUGUCGGAGAAUCAAUGUCAUUCUUUCUAAAGUUUUACAGGAUGAACAGCACUCCAUACCCUGUAUCUCCUGAGGAUUACAUUCUUGUUGAAAUCAUGCACAACAACACAUUUAUUAAGUCGUCGUGGGAAUAUGGUGGUGAAAAAUGGGCACAAGGGAACAUCAUGAAAGUUUCUUUUACUGUUAGAGAAGCUGGAAUUUACACAAUUUCUGUUCUUGUACAGGGGACACUGAUCACAGAGAGACCAUUCACUAAAACAUUUUUACCAGGUGCUGUGGAUCCAUCAAAGUGCAGCAUUUUAGAGGGUGGAUCAUUACUAGAAGUUCAGCAAGGGAUAUAUGCACCCCUAACUGUAGAGGCUCGUGACAAGUUUGGCAAUAUUUGCCCACUGUCUGUCCAAGAUAUUCACUCAUAUGGUGUUGAAGUAACAGAGAUUGGAAGCAGUGCUAAGACAGAUCCAGAGCUAGUGAUUCUCCCAGAUGGAUUUGACAAGAACAAUGUUCUUCACAUAAAACUGGAUAAUGAAGGUUGUUUUAAUGCAGUGGUCAGGUACAAUGGAGUGCUGCUGAACCAAGGAGAGCUGACUGUUAUCUCACUCAAUUGUAAGUGUUUACUUCUGUGCAAGAUGUUUGUUCUCGUUAUUGGCUCUAUAGUAAGUGUCAUAGUCAUCUGUGCUGGAGUCUUCAGAAUAAAAACCAAAAGCCGACAGCACCAGUCUUCAUUCUUUCGAUACGUGCUUGGUUUACCUUUGGAACCAAAGUUCACCAAAGUCACAUGGGAAUGGAAGGACCCUCAUGUUGUCGGAGAAUCAAUGUCAUUCUUUCUAAAGUUUUACAGGAUGAACAGCACUCCAUACCCUGUAUCUCCUGAGGAUUACAUUCUUGUUGAAAUCAUGCACAACAACACAUUUAUUAAGUCGUCGUGGGAAUAUGGUGGUGAAAAAUGGGCACAAGGGAACAUCAUGAAAGUUUCUUUUACUGUUAGAGAAGCUGGAAUUUACACAAUUUCUGUUCUUGUACAGGGGACACUGAUCACAGAGAGACCAUUCACUAAAACAUUUUUACCAGACUCCAUACCCUGCCUUAGCAUGGAUUCUAAAAAUGGUUUUGCACAUGAUCAUGGUCGUGUGGUUGUAUUACUGACAGGUGCUGUGGAUCCAUCAAAGUGCAGCAUUUUAGAGGGUGGAUCAUUACUAGAGGUUCAGCAAGGGAUAUAUGCACCCCUAACUGUAGAGGCUCGUGACAAGUUUGGCAAUAUUUGCCCACUGUCUGUCCAAGAUAUUCACUCAUAUGGUGUUGAAGUAACAGAGAUCAUUCUGCACCCCCCUGACGGCCGAGUAGAUCACCCGACAUUUACUGUAAACGAUGGUUCCCAGCCUCCAGUCACUGUGAUGUGCAAAGAAAGAAACGUGUUGGUUGCGACAUUUUCCAGACUCUUGCUCACUAAAAUAGGUUAUACUUUAUUGUUCACUUUUCGGUCAAAUGUCCGGCCUCGGAUACUCAUAUUCUUGCNAAUCUCAAUUACUUAUAAAUUAAUAAAUUUGGGACUAGUCCUAUCCGACCCCUGUCUAAUUACGUCUUGUGUUUUCGUAUCUUUUGUUUUGUCAGGUAUAGACUGGGGCGGUUUGCGCCGUGAAUGGUUUGAAUUGUUGUGCAAAGCGCUGUUUUCACAUGAGAGUGGAUUCUUCACUCGCUUUAAUGCAGAAGAUCCUCAAGCUCUGGUUCACCCAAAUCCGAGGAGGCCUGGGGGGAUGAAGUUGAAGUUUUACGAGUUUGCAGGGCGGAUCGUAGGAAAGUGUUUAUAUGAGUCAGCUUUAGGCUCAACUCGGAGGAUUAACGUGAAAGCGAGAUUUAGCAGGUCAUUUUUGGCUCAGCUGCUUGGUCUCCGUGUUAGCUAUAGGUAUUUUGAGAGUGAUGACAAGGACUUAUAUCGAAGCAAAAUCAAGUACAUCGAGGAGACUGACCCUGAGGACCUGGCAAUACAGUUCGCAGAGGAGGUGUACGAUCAGCAGGGGCGCGUAGAGAAGUUGGUUGAAUUAAAGCCUGGUGGCUCGCAAAUUCCAGUGACGGAGUCGAACAAGAAAGAAUACCUGGAUUUGUUGGCGCAGUAUCGUCUUUCGUCCUCCGUCAAACAGGAGAUUGAAGCUUUUGCAAAAGGUUUGAAUGAAAUGGUUCCAGACAGUCUUCUGAGUGUAUUCGACGAGUACGAGUUAGAGCUUUUAAUGUGUGGAACAGGAAAUAUCAGUGUUGCAGAUUUCAGACAACACCACACUGUUAUACACAGCGCCGCACCAUUUUCAAAGGUAAAUGUACUAUGUUAUGUGCAGAAACAGUUCCAGUGUUAGACGUUGAAAGAAACGCAAGCAAGGUCGUUUGAAAACGCUGCUUGUAUGGUACCGAUGAUCAUCGUGUACAUGGAGACAUAACUGCUGUAAAGAAAACUACGGCAUAUUCCAUGCA